ACUAAAAAAAAAGAAAAUGCAUUUUUUCUUACUAUUUAAAUUAUUAAAUUCAAAUGGUUUACCCGCCUAGAUUAUUUUGAUCUGAUCUGAAUUUGUUAUUAAGCUUUUACUUUAAAAAUCCCUCGAAAAUUUCUUGAACAAUUCUGUUUUCUUAGCGGUCGGUAAAACGCCUCUCCUCUUAGUUUUAUACCAAUUAUUUGUUUCUUUCGGUUUUAUCUUUUUUUUGUUUCGAAAUCUCUUUAUAUGAAAGUUCUUAAAUAAAGGGUUAUUGAAAAAAGAAAAAAAUAAUUAAAAUAAAAUAUCGUAUAUGAAGGAUUGCUGGACAUAUCCAUUUUUUCAUAUAACAUUCUAAAAAGUGAUCAUGCACAACUCUUUAACUGAACUUCCCCUUAAUGAUAUUUCAGUACAAAAAAUGUCUACCACGGUACGUCGUCAAAGAAGAGCUUCUUUUAGUACGACUAGUUUAAUUAAAUAUGAUAACAGUCGAAAUAAUGUUAUAUUUGGAAAUGGAAAAAGUCGAAAUUUAUCCACCUUAUUUGUAGAGGAAGAGGAAGAAAUUGUGGAAAGUAAUUGUCCACAAAUAGAAGAUGUGAUACGACAAUUACAAAAUGAAUUGCAACAAACUAAAGAUUUAGUUACUGAACUUGAAACUAGAUUAGAAAGAACCGAACAAACUAGUCAAGUAAUUGUUAGAGAAUUAAAAAAUUUAUUAGCGGAAAAUGAAUCAGAAAGUCAUACAACAGCCGUAGAAAUUGAUCAAGAAUUGGAGGAUGGUGAUGAUAUGAAAUUUGAUUUAAAUGAUGAUGAGUUCUAUAUUUCAUCACCUUUGAUGAUGGAUCAAUCUCAUCAAGAAGAUAUACUUAAUGAUAUCGUUGAUAUUAAUGAUUUAUCAUCAUCACAGAUUGAAUUAACGACUACUUCAAGGUCGUCAUUAGAAUUACAACCCUCUGAUGAUUCAUAUAAUAGAAUAUGUAGCGCUGUACAAAGUUUGAUAAAUGAUGCUCAAGUAGCUUUACAAAAACCAAAUCCUUCUUCAUCUAAUCAAUUGCUUGGCCUUCCACAAACAACUACUCGCCCAAGAGCACAAAGUUGGAGUUCGAACGUUAGCAGUUGGAUAAUGAAUCAAUAUAAUCCUUCUUCUAUGGUAUGUGAAUGUGGAACUUGUUGGUUAUGUUUAGAAAGUUGUAAUAGCUUAUCUUCAACUACAACUACCACGAGACCAACUCCCAAAUCUUCAAGAGCAAAUUCAUUAACUUCAGCACAUACUCCUCCUCUUUCUUUAACAUCUCAACAACAAGAAUCAUUUAAUACUUAUAAUAGACAAGUUAAUUUGGCAGGAAUUAAAAAACAAUAUCGCAAGAAAUUGGAAAGUAGAUCCUCUUAUAGAAAGAGUUGUGAUGAUUUAGAUAUGGCAUUACAAAAAUUAAUUAGUACAGCUGUAUCAGCAGGAGUAGAACAUGGUUUAACACAUUCUCCUAUUUAUCGUCAAUAUAGUGAAUCCAUGGAACGUGAUGAUUCAGGUGAUCGUUAUGAUUACUUUAGGAAUCAUGAUGAUGAUGAGAUUAACUAUGAUAAUAGUUUUUUUAAUUCUUUUGGAAUUUUUUGUAAUCAAGAUCUCUUAAAUAAUGACAAUAACAAUGAUAAUAAUAAUAAAAAAGAAUCUUCUAAAUGGAGAAGACGUAUUUGGAAUUGUUUACAAAAAAUGGGUAUAAAUUUCAACAACAAAAAUAAUAAUGAUAAGGAGAAUGUUGAAGAACAAGAAGGAAUAGAAGAUGGAUAUGGUUCAUACAGUUCAUAUAGUUCAUAUAAUUCUUCAUGGAAUUCAUCAUCUGAUUAUCAGGAAAAUUCGAAUGAAGAUACUUCAGAUCCAUUUUCUUUAAACAUUGGACAAAACAUUUUUAAUUUUAAUGUAAAUUUAAUAAAUUCAACAACAAACAAUUAUAAUAAAACAACCAAUAAUUCUAUUAAUGAAAUUGACAAUAGUAUUCAUACAACAACAAAUAAUUACCAAAAUUGUUAUAAUACUAUUAAUAAUUAUGAAGAAAAAUCAUCUCAAUCAACAUAUAGACAAUCUGGUUCUAAAAAAAUAAAAUCAUUAGCCACAAAAUUUACGAAUAUGUUGGCAAUGAUAGGAUUAAUUAUUUCAAUGUCACAAACCAUUAUAUUAAAUCCAACCAACACUCCAGCACUUAUGAGUGUUGCAGCAAGAAAUAUAAUCAGAAGUAACGUGAAGAGAAGACGCAGCCGAGGUGAAAUGAUUUUGAUGAUUAAAGUAAUUAAAUAUGUUUCAGUAUUAUUUGUUGGUUGGGCUGCUGGUCGUAUUGGAAAAAAACAAAAAGAUUCAUCUGAUGGAAAUAAUGGUCGAAUUAAAGAGAUUCCAUCAAAUAAAUCAAACUAUUAAUUUUUUCAUAUUUACCAAACUUUUUUAAAUCGUUAGACCGUAAUUGAUUUACGGAACAUUAAUCGUUUUUCUACACAUCUACUCGUAAUUUUUUUGGCAAAUCAUUCAGACAUUUUUUUUUAUCUUUUCCUCUUCGUAUAUAAUUGGCAAAAUCAUUUCAUUUUUUCACACUAACUUUUUUUACAAACCACUUUACAACAACCACUUUACAGACAAAACCAUUUUUCAAAGCAUAAUAUUUUCACAAAUUACAAACAAACAAAAAAAACUAUUUAAUAUCAU